AUGUCAUGGAUUUUCAAAAAUAUUCUGAGACAUAGAGACAUCGUGACAGGCAUGGAAGAUUGGAACGAUAUGAAGGAGAAAUACUUCGUUGGUAAAGUCUACCACUACCUCAAAAUGGAUGAACCUGAUGUGGGUUGGAAUCACAUGUUAUCUACUACUAUUGUUAGACCAAGAGCUCUUUUCACCCUUUGGAUGGCAUGCCACCGUAGACUGGCGACAAAGGUGCGGCUCAAAACAUUUGGAUUUACUACAGAUGACAAAUGUAAAUUCUGCAACAACGAAGAAACGAUUGACCAUCUAUUUUUUCAAUGUCCUCCGUUUCAAAGCUAUUGGCAGGAAAUUCUGGGGUGGGUGGGAAUUCAUCACACCCCCUGCGAGUGGCGUGAAGAGCUUCACUGGAUUAUAACUCAAUGUAAGGGUAAGGACUGGCGGAAGGGUCUCCUGCGUAGCGCCAUAGCGGAGACUAUCUACAAAGUCUGGAAGUAUCGUAACCACGCCGUUUUUGAAAAUAUUGUGCAGACCAUGGAGAUUAGAGAUAUAGUUAUCUCUAACUUUGCUAACAGAGGUUGGGUAGACACUAGUAUGAGACGUCAUACAGCUAACCUUCUCAUAGAUUAA